CAAGGGUUGCUGUCGGCUAGGAGGGCGGGCUCUCCGGGCCCUGCUCCCGUUUCGUGCCGCUGCUCCCUGCGGCUCGCCCUGGGACCUACUGCCCCACAGACUCCCGCUCCUGCAUGUCCUACCCGACCCCUCCCUUCCUAAAGGAGCUCUCGAGGGUCCCGAUACAUGGAAACCUGGUCUGCCCCGCGCAGCCUCCCCCAUCCCCAGCAUGGCCGUCCUGGUCUCUGACAUCUUUUGUUGAAAAAGGGAGAGAACGUCAGGCUCACACAAGGCAGGAUUGAGCAGUGGUGGCUGAAGAAAAAGCGGCAGCUUGAAUUUCAGUUUUCUUAUGAGGAAUUUUCCAGAAAAGGUAUCUUCACUGUGAAAUAGGUUGGGCUCUGCAGGGAGCAGACUCUCAGGAAGAGACAGUGGCAGGACGUUUAUUUCGGGAAUGCUUCGGGGAUCACCAUCUUUGAAAGGAAUAAAAAGAAAUUGGGAUUGGACAGGAGGAGAAGUUGGAUUGCGAUACAGUCUCAACAAAGUUAUCAGCUGGACCCCUAGGAAACUCUGAAGCUGAUGGGCCCUUUGGAAUUGUCCCAAAUUGGAGCAAGACGGAUGUUUUAAAACAACACUGAAACCCUGAAAACAAACGGUCUUAACAUCUGAUGAAUCACUCUUACUAAAGAUGGUUUAUUGAGACAGGGAAAGAAGUAGAAACAGGUAUUUCAUCUUAUCAGUUACUGAAUUAUGAAGAUGAAUCAGACGUUUCACUCUAUGGAAGGCGAGGCAACCAUAUUGUGAAUGACGUUGGGAUUAACGUUACUGGAUCAGAUUCAGUUGCAGUAAAAGCUUCAUUUGGUGUAGUAACCAAACAUGAAGUGGAAGUAUCAACAUUACUCAAGGAAAUUACUACGCGAAAAAUUAAUUUUGACCACAGUUUGAUACGUCAGUCCAGGAGCAGCAGAAAGGCAGUAUUGUGUGUGGUCAUGGAAAGCAUCCGAACCACACGACAGUGCUCACUGUCUGUGCACGCUGGAAUUCGUGGGGAAGCCAUGAGGUUUCAUUUUAUGGAUGAACAGAAUCCCAGGGGAAGGGACAAAGCUAUUGUUUUUCCAGCACACACAACCAUAGCUUUCAGUGUUUUCGAACUCUUCAUUUACUUGGAUGGUGCCUUUGACCUUUGUGUCACUUCAGUGUCAAAAGGAGGAUUUGAAAUGGAAGAAACGGCAACGUUUGCACUGUUCUACAGAUUGAGAAAUAUACUAUUUGAAAGAAAUAGAAGAGUGAUGGAUGCCAUUUCUCGUUCACAGCUUUACUUAGAUGAUCUUUUUUCUGACUAUUAUGACAAACCUCUCAGCAUGAGUGAUAUUUCACUCAAAGAAGGGACUCAUAUCCGAGUUAAUUUACUUAAUCACAACAUUCCAAAAGGACCUUGCAUACUCUGUGGCAUGGGGAACUUUAAAAGGGAGACGGUUUAUGGGUGCUUUCAGUGCUCUGUCGAUGGGCAGAAGUAUGUGAGACUUCAUGCAGUUCCUUGUUUUGAUGUUUGGCACAAGAGAAUGAAAUAA